AUGCCCAACUCCACUGAAUGGAGUCUGACAGAGAGCCUUCCCCAGGCUGGGAGCCUGAGUGUGUCCAGGAUGUCUUCUUCUUCAGAGGUCCCAAAGUUUCGCAAUAUGACAGCGGACGAGUGUUUCCAGUCCCAGAGCACUGUCCUCCAGGGGCAGCCCUUUGGGGGGAUCCCUACUGUGCUCGUACUCAACCUCAUCUUAUGGCUGUUCGUUGUCCUGCUUUAUUCCUUCCUCCGGAAAGCUGCGUGGGACUACGGGCGCCUGGCUCUGCUAAUACACAAUGACAGCAUGACCUCGCUGAUCUAUGGGGAGCAAAGUGAGAAGUCGUCUCCCUCAGAGAUUUCCUUGGAGGUGGAACGCAAGGACAAGGGCUUCUGUUCCUGGUUCUUCAACAGCCUAACCAUGAAGGAUCGGGACCUGAUCAGCAAGUGCGGGGACGAUGCCCGUAUCUACAUUAUGUUCCAGUAUCACCUCAUCAUUUACGUGCUCAUCCUCUGCAUCCCCUCCCUGGGCAUCAUUUUGCCUAUUAACUACAUUGGAGCUGCUCUGGACUGGAGCAGCCACUUUAGUCGGACCACCAUUGUCAAUGUCUCCACAGAGAGUAAGUUCCUGUGGCUGCAUAGCUUGUUCGCUUUCUUGUACUUCCUCGUCAACUUUGCCUUCAUGGGCCAUCACUGCUUAGGAUUUGUGCCCAAGAAGAACCGCAAGAUCACGAGGACACUGAUGAUCACCUACGUACCCACUGAAAUCCAGGAUCCAGAGAUCAUCAGCAGGCACUUCCAUGAGGCCUAUCCUGAGUGUAUGGUGACCAGAGUCCAUUUCUGCUAUGAUGUCAGGACCCUCGUUGACUUGGAUGAUCAAAGGCGCCAUGCCAUGCGGGGCAGACUCUACUACGCGGCCAAGGCUAAGAAGAGCGGGAAGGUGAUGAUCAAGAUUCACCCCUGCUCCCGUCUGUGUUUCUGCAAGUGCUGUACCUGCUUCAAGGAGGUAGAUGCGGAGCAGUAUUACAGUGAGCUGGAGGAGCAGCUGACCGACGAGUUCAAUGCAGAGCUUAAUCGUGUCCGGCUGAAGCGGCUUGACCUGAUCUUUGUCACCUUCCAGGAUGCCAGGACAGUGAAACGCAUCCAGAAAGAUUACAAGUGCAUCCAGUGUGGUAUGCGCCCCAAGCAGUCCUCAGUAACAACCAUCAUCAAAAACUACCAAUGGAGGGUUGUUGAUGCCCCUCACCCCAAAGACAUCAUUUGGAAACACCUGUCCAUCCGCCGUUUCCAAUGGUGGACUCGCUUUAUUGCAAUCAACACCUCCCUCUUCAUCCUCUUCUUCUUCCUUACCACGCCCGCCAUCAUCAUCAACACCAUCGACAUGUACAAUGUCACCCGCCCCAUCGAGAAUUUGCAGAGCCCAGUUGUGACCCAGUUCUUUCCCUCUGUCCUGCUCUGGGCCUUCACAGUGAUAAUGCCUUUCGUGGUCUACUUCUCCGCCUUCCUAGAGGCCCACUGGACCAGGUCAAGUCAGAAUGUCAUCAUAAUGCACAAAUGCUACAUCUUUCUGGUGUUUAUGGUGGUCAUUCUGCCCUCCAUGGGCCUGACCAGUUUGAAUGUGUUUUUGCGCUGGCUCUUUGACAUCUACUAUCUUGAACAUGCAACCAUCAGGUUCCAGUGCGUCUUCCUUCCAGACAACGGAGCAUUCUUCGUCAACUAUGUGAUCACAGCUGCUCUGCUAGGCACGGGCAUGGAGCUGAUGCGCCUGGGGUCACUCUGCACAUAUUGUACCCGCCUCUUCUUUUCCAGAUCAGAGCCACAGAGAGUCCAUAUCAGAAGGAACCAGGCCAUGGACUUCCAGUUUGGGCGAGAAUACGCAUGGAUGUUGAAUGUCUUCAGUGUGGUGAUGGCAUAUAGCAUCACUUGCCCUAUAAUUGUCCCUUUUGGGCUGCUGUAUCUGUGCAUGAAGCACCUCACAGACCGCUAUAACAUGUACUACUCGUACGCGCCCACCAAGCUGAAUGAGCAGAUCCACAUGGCUGCCAUCUACCAGGCCAUCUUCGCACCACUUCUAGGGCUCUUCUGGAUGCUGUUCUUCUCCAUCCUGAGAGUAGGUGCCCCCCAUGCCAUCACUUUGUUCUCCUUGUCAUCCCUCAUCAUCUGCGUGAUAAUUGCCUUUUCUGGGAUUUUUCUGGGGAGGCUCCGGAUAGUCCGUCGGUAUGAGCCUGAGGAAGAAGCUGAGACUGUGUUUGAUGUGGAGCCAAGCAGCACGACCUCCACACCCACCUCCCUUCUGUACGUGGCCACCGUGCUACAGGAGCCGGAGUUGAACCUGACCCCCGCCUCCUCCCCGGCCCGGCACACCUAUGGCACCAUGAACAGCCAGCCAGAAGAGGGAGAAGAAGAGAGCAGUCUGAGGGGCUUUGCAAGGGAGCUGGACUCAGCUCAGUUCCAGGAAGGGCUGGAACUGGAGGGCCAGAGCCACUGA